AUGCUCGAAAAUCGUACCCCGACGAGCCAGAUUCUCGAUCGUCUGGACUAUCUAAUCAGCGUGGUCGAAUCAGGAUCACUGGCUGGUUCCAUAGCUUACGGUAGGGUUGGUCAGCCUACCAUUGACGCUAACGCACAUCCACAAAGCGACGAUACCAAGACAAACUCUGCAACAUGUGAUGUUGUACAGGACAAAGACAUGUCGAACCACGGUCAGGAGUACUUCGGCUCCAGCGAGGACAUUCUUGGGUGGCCAAUUUUCGAAGGCAACUACAAUCGCCACUGGGUCGAGGCACGCAUCUUCGAUCCUACAUUCGUGCGCGAUGAUCUACACGGAUCGCCUCACUCACCCAGAGUUAACGACGACUUCAUUCUGGACCAAUCUGAGGACCCGAGAUCGAGAUCGAAGAUGGGCCCUGGGGUACGCGAAGAAGAUGUUGCGCAUCUCGUCGAAGCGUUUCUCCUGAACGUCCAUGUGAAGAACCCAAUCUUUGAUCCAGAGUACUUGAGAAGGAUGGCCAGAACGGUGGCGGAAGAUGGAUUUGACUGGAAAGCAUCGAGCUGUCUUGUGCUUAUCGUAUGUGCACUCGCAGCCAUCUCCUCUCCUUUCUCCCGUCAACAGACGUGCGAUACAAGUACGUGUCAGGACCGUGCAGACAACAGCUUGUCCAACACUCCAGGAUACUACACGGCAGAGCUGUACUAUACUGCAUCGCGCAAGCGAAUCGGUCUCCUCGGAAAUAGCUUACUGGCAACGGAGUGCUAUUUCAUGGCUGGGGUGUAUGAGAUGUACUCCUUGCGGCCUCUGCAAGCCGCCACCUCUUUCAACCGGGCUUGCGUGACUUUCCAGGCUCUAACUCGGAUGAAUCCGGAAUACUCCAUCACUGAGUGUCAACUAGGCAAAGCUCGAGCGAGUCGACUGUACUGGUCGUGCCUGAAAUCUGAACACGAAACCUCAAUAGAGUUUCGGUUCCCAUCUUCUGGUCUCACCAAACUCAAUUACACAAGCCACUUCCCGCCACCGCCGCUAGCGACAACCACGCAGCAGUUGUAUCGCAUACAUACCGAGCUGCAGAUGAGUGCUGCAAACUCCGCAAGGGCGCAAGUCGAGCUUGAGAAAGGAUGGUACUACUAUCUGGCGGAUAUCGCAGCUCGCGGAAUACUGCAACGCGUGAUCAGAUCGUUCUACGCGACCAAUGAGUCUGCAUGGCUCGAUGCAUCCCUUCAGAGCAUACUGCAAACUGCCGAAGAGUUGGACAGGCAGCUGACAGAGUGGUACCGUACGCUGCCAGACGUAAUAGCUUUUGACAUCGGAGUCGCUGCUGACGAUGAGCUUGCAUAUCAUCUCCAGGCUCGAGCCUUCGAGAUCAAGGAGCGCAUAUAUCGCCCCUUCCUGUACCUCAUGAUCCACAAAAACAUCGAGGGUUCCGAUCGCGAUUUUCUUCGCCCGCUGGUGCAGUUGCAUGCUGCUACCUGUUGCAAACUGAUCCGGCAGUGGAACGUCCGGCAUCGCCAUCACGGCACAUGGCUGAUGGCGAGGCAGAGUUUCUCGUCGGCGCUGCUUCUCCUGGCCGCACGGAGGUCUGGCCUCCAUGAAAUCUCCAAGGAGCAACACGAAGAAAGCGUGCAAUUCUCACUUGCAACCCUGUGCUUCUGGGAAGAGGAGGCGCCGGAUCUCAAGGCUUCACUGCAGCGUGCCGUUGCGGAUGGUGCUGUUGACGUGGGUCUAAUUCGAGGAAUUGGGUUUGAUGCUACCUGCUCCCUUGCAGUCUUCGACUCGGAGACAGACGAGCCCAUAUCCGUGACGCCGCCAAACUUUGUUCGGGGGCCCAGUGCGCACAAUGUGAUGCUGUGGCUGGACCACAGAGCCGAGGAAGAAACGAAGAAAAUCAACUCCACCGCCCACAAUCUGUUACGAUACGUUGGCGGCACCAUGUCCAUCGAGAUGGAGAUGCCAAAGAUACUGUGGCUGAAGAACAACAUGCCAGAGCAGCUUUUUGAUCGUUGCAGUUUCUAUGACCUCACCGAUGCUCUAGGGCAUCUUGCGACCGGCAACGAGAAACGCAGCAACUGCAGCGCUGUGUGCAAGCAGGGUUAUAUUCCGAUUGGCGUCGAUGGAAGCACCACGGGAUGGCAGGAAGACUUUUUGAGGGAGAUUGGGCUCGCAAGUCUUGCUGAAGACGGGUUCAAGCGAGUUGGAGGGGUGCAUGGUAAGAAUGGCGACUACCUGUCGGCAGGCGAACUCGCAGGUCAUCUCUGCGAGCGCGCGGCAGAAGAACUUGGUCUUCCAGUUGGCAUUCCGGUCGGCAGUGGCGUCAUCGAUGCAUACGCCGGUUGGAUUGGCACUGUGGGUGCCAAGGUCGACGGCCUCCUCAAACACAACCCCGACCGCUCUACAGGGCCGAGCGACGUUCGACAGAGCUUUACACGCCUCGCUGCUGUUUCUGGAACUUCAACCUGCCAUCUUGUCAUGUCGUCCAACCCGGUUUUUGUUGAGGGCGUCUGGGGGCCAUAUAGAGACGCCAUCACGCGAGACACUUGGAUGGCAGAAGGUGGCCAAUCUGCGACUGGGAAACUCCUUCAACAUGUUCUGGAAACUCAUCCGGCUUACCAACAAGCGGCUCUGGAGGCGGAGUCAGCGGAGCUGGACAUCUUUGAAUUCCUCAAUCGCCACCUUUGCAACAUGCAAGCCAGCACCGCCGCACCUUCUAUCCCCUAUCUGGCCAGGCACUUUUUCUUCUAUGGGGACUUGUACGGGAACCGCUCUCCAGUCGCAGACUCCCGGAUGUCCGGCUGCAUCGUUGGUUUGACCGCGGAUGUGUCUAUCGACAGUCUCGCCAUCCAUUACUGUGGCACGAUGGAGUUUAUUGCGCUCCAGACGCGCCAAAUCGUCAUCAGGAUGAACGAGUCCGGCCAUGCGAUCAGGUCUAUCUUCAUGUCUGGCUCGCAGUGCAAGAACGAGCUGCUUGUGUCUCUGGUAGCGACGGCAUGCAGUAUGGCUGUCGUGAUCCCUCACUACACUAACGCAGCGGUCUGCCACGGCGCCGCCAUGUUAGGUGCCAAAGCAGCGACAGCAGGCGCAUGCGGCAAGACCGACGAUUUGUGGAGCAUCAUGCAAAGGAUGAGCAAGCCCGGAAGGGCUGUUUGGCCAAUCGAGGGGCAGGGAGUCAGGGAACUGCUAGACGUCAAGUACAAAGUCUUCCUUGAGCAGUGUGAUCGGCAGAGACAUUUUAGGCACAUGGUGGACGAUGUGUGUUGUCAAUGA